UCAAAUCAGCGAGCGAGCGAGCCGAGGACACAGACCAUUCUGACCCCAGUUUAUUUAUUUUUAUAUAUUUUUUCCCCCUUGUUUUGUGUCCCGUUCAGGUUUUCUGGAGGAAGUGACCUAACAAAGGCAGACGCGACAGGAUUUGAAAAAAGAAACACAUAUUUCUGCUCUUUUUGGUUUUCUGAAUCCUCUCCAUCGGUGCCCCUCGUCCGGACGCCAGCAUGAUGUCCUAUCUGAAGCAGCCGCCGUACACGGUGAACGGACUGAGCUUAUCUACCUCCGGCAUGGACCUGCUGCAUCCGUCAGUGGGAUACCCAGCAACCCCGCGCAAACAGAGGAGAGAGAGGACGACCUUUACUCGGGCCCAGCUCGAUGUGCUGGAGAACUUAUUCGCCAAGACUCGUUAUCCUGAUAUCUUCAUGAGAGAGGAGGUGGCCUUGAAGAUCAACCUGCCUGAAUCACGGGUUCAGGUAUGGUUCAAGAACAGGAGAGCCAAAUGUCGCCAGCAGGCCCAGCAAACCCAAAGCGGAGCGCAGAGCAAAACCGCCAGGCCGGUGAAGAAGAAAGGCUCUCCGGUCAGAGAGGCCAGCUCCGAGAGCGGCGCCAGCGGCCAGUUCACGCCGCCCUCGAGCACCUCAAUCCCGGCUGUGAGCAGCAGCGCAGCGCCGGUCUCUAUCUGGAGCCCGGCGUCCAUCUCCCCCCUCUCAGACCCGCUGUCUACCUCCUCCUCGUCCUGCAUGCAGCGCUCCUAUCCCAUGACCUACACCCAGGCGUCGGGGUACAACCAGGGCUACACGGGCUCCUCGUCCUACUUCAGCGGGAUGGACUGCGGUUCUUACCUUUCGCCUAUGCACCACCAGCUUUCUGCGGCGGGCUCCGCUAUGAGCCCCAUGGGCACCAGCGGGGUUUCCAGCCACCUGAGCCCGGCGUCUUCCCUCUCCACGUCGGCGUACGGAGCAGCAGGGCUGGGCUUCAGCGGCGCCGCAGACUGCCUGGACUAUAAGGACCAAACAGCCUCCUCAUGGAAACUCAAUUUCAACGCAGACUGUUUGGAUUACAAAGACCAAGCCUCAUCGUGGAAAUUUCAGGUUUUGUGAGAGGACAAACAGCUGAGAGGUGUUUUUUUUUCUCCUUCAUGAUUUUACAAUAAACUUCAGACUAUUCCUUAGCCCUAUAGGUUGGGAGCAUGAAGUCGUUGAAGUGGAGUAGGAGUGGUGUUUUCCACGACUAGGCCCCAACUUCUACCUCGGGCAGGACAGUGUAGGACUGCCAGCCAGCUGUCUCACUUGUUGGGUUAAAUUAUUGAACAUUCAGAGUGAACUCUCCUUAACUUUGAUCAAGGACACGGAACGAAAUUGUUGACCAAGAAGAAAAUGAUCAAGAGAACUAAAGAUUCAAUACUUGGUUGAGUGUGGGGAAUAGGUCAGCUUCUCCUAAGCUUCUUAAGGACGCCCCUCUCCUCUUUUUUUUUACUGGCAAACUGAAGGGCCCCUUUGAUCAGAGCGUCGUACGUGUGUGUGUGUGUGUGUGUGUGUGUGUGUGUGUGAGAGAGAGAGAGAGAGAGAGAGAGAGAGAGAGCGAACCGAAGGAGAGCAGCUCUCAAGUGAACCUGGAUGCACUAUUUAAUUUAUGAGAAAAAUGUUUAUAAGACACUAGUUAUAAGAGACAAUCAGUCCGUUUGCGUGUGCUCAUAAAUGUUCCUGUUUUUUUUUUUUUUUUUUUAUUAUUAUUAUGCUUAUUUUUUAUUUCUGUGUUAGAUUUUUUGAGAUUGUGAUUCUUUGUACCUGUAUGCAAUUUUGCCUCGCGCCACGCGAUACAACCCAGCUGUGAAUUUGAUAGUUUUAUUUUCUAUGUCUCGAGUGUUAAAUGAUAAAUUAUUAUUAUAACGAUAUUAGUUUAAAAAAUGGGCGAGUGCAGGAUGAUGAAUCUAUAGCCAGCAAGACAAGUCCAUUUGAGCAUCUGUGACAAUUGGUUGUAAACUGCGAUGAGAAGGACACACACACUAAUAACA